AUGCCGGCCAAUAACAAAAGGAAGGCGGCGAGAGCGGCCAAGGCGCGCGCGGAUGGGCAUGCGGCACCGGAUGCUGACAGUACGCUGGACAGGAAUACCGUGGACGAGAUGCCUGACAACGAGAAAUCGGAAGACCAACGCAACAUAAAGGCAAUAUUCAGUCAAUUCCUCGGCGCAAUGAAGAAGGAGUACCCCGCUUGUUACAAUAUGUGCCCUCAUCUCUUUUUAGAAGACCAAACAUUCAGUGAUCUCACCAUAGAGGACAUAGAGAACCCCCAACUCCAUCAUCUCAUCGGUCUCUUCAAACAGCACGGAUUCUCGAAAAAUGCUACUGGUACAACAGCCAUGAAUCUCAUCAAUCAAUACGAAAGCAUGAAAGACAAGCAGAAGGCAGCUGGACAGCCCUCGCAGGGCAAUACUGCCGCGGCUCCUUCAACGUCCUACACGGCCGCAUAUAGCCAAUUCCUCGCGGCAAAGGAAGACAAGAGUGACCCUGAUGUCGAGCAGCUCGUCAAUGCCAUCAGAAACUACGACCUCUCCAAAGACGUUGAUGCUACAACUACUACAAGGUCGAAGGUGACGAAGCCCAAGGGCAAGCAGAAAGCAACCAAACCGUCUUCUUAUAACAAUUCCGCCGCCGGUCUUUCAACGUUCUAUACGGCCGCGAGUGGUCGGUUCCUCACCGCAAGGAAAGGCGAGAAGUACUCCAAUGUCGAUCACCUCAUCAAUGCCAUGAAACAGCUGGAAGACGCUAAUGCUACAGCCAUCUCAAGGUCGAAGGUGACGAAGCAGAAGGCAAAGCAGAAGGCAGCUGGACAGUCCCCGCAGGACAAUACUGGCGCGGGUUCUUCAACAUCCGACACGGCGACGGAGACGGACAUCCAAGAUGUAGCUGGACAUCACUCAACUGACGAUCCCACCUGUUCUAUGCCUUGGUUCGAACGCAUGAAAAAAACAGUCAGGAGGAAAGCAAUGCGGCAGAGAUGCAGAGAGAAGGCAGCCAGGAACGCAGCCAGAGAGAGCUCGCAAGUCUUUCCCGCUGAACAUUCCUCGGGCUACGAUCCAUCGGGCGAGACCACGCAGAACACACACGGCGCCACGGCCACAGGAUCCACGAAGCCGGAGCACACCAAACAAGACUCGGCUGGACAGGACUCCAAGGGCAGAACCAUGGCUAGUUCUUCGAAGGAUGUGCCUGUGCCGAUGCUCAUCCAUGAUCCUAACGAGCCGAACCCGGACUAUGACCUGUUGAUUGAGAACGGAUUCCUGUAG